UCGAUCCAUAGUGAAUCGCAGACCAUUCCAAGUCUUGCAUCUCAGAUAUCAUAUCAUCAUGCUCUACUCCGUAUGACCGUGUUCACCUCGAAGUAACAGGUAGCAAGAAAAACAUGGACAUUGCUCUCUCUGCGGUGGCAAGCGAGCUAGCCAGCCGGUUCGUGUCUUUCCUCAUCAGCAAGUGCAGAGACCAGGCAUGCCUCAACAAGAAGAAGAACCUGGAAUCGCUGCGCCGGCUCCUUCUCAGGGUUCAUACCGUCGUCGAGGAGGCUGAGGGCCGAUACAUCACCAGUUCAAGGAUGCUGGUGCAGCUCAAGAUGCUCACGGAGGCCAUGUACCAGGGGUAUGAUGUCUUGGACACUUAUGGUCCCCUAGAACAGAUCAGAGCACGAAUGGAGGUGAGUGGCUCAGACACCAUCAAUUUCUCAGCUGUCAGACGUUUUAGUAGCUCAACUGUUAGCAAAGAGGUGCAGACUGCGUUGGAAAAAUUGGAGGCUGCCACCGGCAAGAUAGCUGAAUUUAUCGCCCUCCUAACAGGUUGCGAACGCAUGUUUCGCAGCCCCUAUAGCUGCUAUAUCUACAUAGAUAACUUCAUGUUUGGGCGCCAAGUCGAGAGGCAGCAUGUCAUCAACAUCUUGAUGCAGGACAACUACCCACUCAAGGUUCCCACCGUGCUGCCGAUUAUCGGUGGUUGCAGAGUAGGCAAGAAAACUCUAGCCUGGAGCGUUUGCUCCGACGAGAGGAUCCGCUCCCGCUUCUCUUCCAUCAUCCAUGUCAAUGGAUGUGAUAUUCAGAAAAUUGACCAUGGCAGGUUCAGUAACGUGAGGAGUUUGAUUAUCGUUGAAGUUCAGUCAGAUCUGGAUGACAAGGAAUGGUACAAGUUUCAUUCACUGCUGCUAACUCUGACGGGUGCAGGAAGCAAACUUGUGAUCCUGAGCCGUCUUGAGAAGCUAGCGAGGUUCGGAACCGUAAACCUGGUACGAAUCAACAGCUUCACACAAGAAGAAUACAGCUACCUUUUCAAGGUCCUCUCGUUUGGAAGUUCCGACCCGGUGGACCAUCCGCAGCUAGCGUUGAUAGGGAAGGAGCUAGCAACAAUGAUGAAGGGGUCACUUGUCCAUCUAAAUGUGUACUCCAGCAUGCUGAGGAACAACUUAAAUGUUCAGUUCUGGAUCCGUGUCCUGAAACUGUACAGAUCGGUGAUGGAGGCUAAUCUAUCCAUCUCUGGGGAACACCCGAGAGCUCUUCUUGACAGAGGUAACACCGUAGACAUUACCGCGUUUUCACCGUCAUCGUCGUCCUCUCGACUUAUGCUACUGGUUGGUGGAAAGCAAUCUUCCAUGCCUGGUGAGCUCCCCAGGAUGACAUUUGGAGAUAUAAUAGCAGGCUCUGUUGUUCUGCCGGUGAGGUUUGAGCUGGUGUGGGAGUCAAGGUUACCCCCUUACACCGUUAUCUCUGCCACUUGUGUCGCGGAGAAGCCUGAGCACUCGGCCUCACCAAGGAAGAAACGCCGUAGAUUAGGCACGUCUAUGUAGGCCAUUAUUGUGUCAGGCCAUCUGCCUCUUGAUAUGAGCUUCGAUUGAGAGCCUUUUUGAUUCAAAGGAAUUUCAAAUGAUUCUCAUCUUUAGGGAUUUCCUAUGGUAGCCAUUUAAUUUGCAGAAUUGCAGUUCUCAGAAAAAGUUCCUAAGAAA